AUGUCUCUUAAAUCUUCAGCGCUUUUUCUGUCAUACUUGCUCUUGAAUUGUGUGGCGAAGGCUAGUCCCGCGACGGUGGUCAAGCUCUCGUAUGGAUCCUUUGAAGGCAAAUCUAGCGGAAAUUUGGUCGAAUUUUUUGGGAUCCCCUUCGCUUCACCUCCCAUUGGUGACCUUAGGUUCGCACCCCCUACUCCGCCGAAACCCUUCCAAGGAGUCCGCCAAGCCACCGAGUUCGCACCCCCUUGUCCUCAGCAAACCUUAAAUUUCACUCCACCAGGAGCAAUUAUUUUGUCCAAUUUCUCUGAAGACUGUCUGUACCUGAAUGUAAUCAAACCGGCCAACAUCAAGACCGGGCAGAAAUUACCUGUAGUUUUCUACGUAUACGGAGGAGGGUUCCAAAUUGGCGACACUAGCCAGGUCGUUGGCGAUGCCUUAGUAAAUCGUUCGCUCACGCUGGACACUCCCGUUAUCUAUGUCACUGCUGCAUAUCGCCUCAAUGGUUUUGGCUUCUUAGGAGGCAAGGAAGUGAAAGCCGCCCGCAUCGGCAACACUGGUAUACGUGAUCAACGAUUCGCACUGGAAUGGGUCCAAAAACACAUAAGCGCAUUCGGAGGAGAUGCGAGCAAAGUGACAAUAUGGGGUAUUAGCGCCGGAUCAAUCUCCGUGGGUAUUCACACACUCCUCGACGAUGGAAACCCUCAUGGGCUGUUCCGCGGUGCAAACUCUGGUGGACCGGUGGUUCUCCCCAACAUCAUCAGCCAGCAGCAAUACUUCGAUAGCCUCGUCGCCGAUACCAAUUGCACCACCUCUGUGGACCGUUUGAAGUGCCUCCGAGAUGCGCCUUUCGACACUUUAAUGGCAGCUAUCAACAACACGCCCGACCUAUUUUCUUACCAAAGCAUCCGGCUCGCAUGGCAGCCCAUGGUCGACGGUGACCUUAUUGUUCGCGAUCCUCAGAUUUCUGUGAAAAGUGGCAAAUUCGCGAAAAUCCCAUUGAUUGCUGGCUGUGUGGAGGAUGAAGGUACUUUGAUGUCGUUGUCGACCUUGAACAUAACAACCAAUGCGCAAUUCCUCGAAUACAUGAAAUUCAAUUUCUUCAACGGGAUUUCGGACGCCGACUUGGAGGCUUUAGAACAGGCCUAUCCCGAUGAUAUUACGCAAGUGCGGAUUGCCUUGCUAUCUUCCUCCUUUUCUAGCUGGGCGCCUAACCCGUUCUCUUUGAAGGGAUCCCCAUUUAACACGGGAACAGAAUACGCUGUAACUCCGCAAUACAAACGUCUCGCAGCCCUUCAAGGAGACCUCCUCUUCCAUUCGCCUCGUCGCUCUUUCUCCCGUGUCGCUGCCUUUCGCCAACCUGUCUAUGGCUACUUGGAUAAGCGCUCGACCAACUCUUCCGUCGGAGCCGUGCAUGGCGGCGACCUCGUCCACUGGAGCGGCACGAGCAACACCACGGACUUCAUCGCUACCGACGCUCUCAUCUAUUUCACGCACACAGGCAACCCGAAUGCACCACCAGGGUCCAUUAGCCUGCUUGGAAACAGCAAGUGGGAGCCAUAUGGAUCGUCCGUUGGUAACCCGCCUCUGUUCACGUUCGAGAAUGGGUGGCCGGCGAUUGGAACUACCUCCGACACGUUCCGUAACGAGGCGAUGGAGUUGUUAGCCAAGCUCUCGUGGAACGAGAUUGGAAAUCGCGGCGUUUGA